AUGUCUCAUUGCCACGAUGAGCAUGAUCAUCAUCACCACCACGGCGAUGAGCACGAUCAUUCUGAUGACAUAACCCCUGCGCUACAGUUCUCGCUGUACCAACACAUCGAUUUCGACAACAUCACAACCCUCAACGAGAGCGUGCAUGGCUCUGGCAAAGCCAUAACCAAGAAGGAAUGGACCGACAGACUAAGCGACCAGCCCGAGGUGGCCAGCGAUGCCGAUGAGCAAUUGAUCAUCAAUGUCCCCUUCGCCGGGCAGGUAAAGCUGCACUCCAUCCUCAUCCGCACGUCGCAGUCGGCCAGCGCGCCCAAGACGCUCAAGGUCUUCCAGAACAAGGAGGACGUCGACUUCGAGGCCGCCGAGGACACGCCCGCCGAGCAAGAGUUCGAGCUCUCGCAGACCUCGGAGGUGCAGGACCUCCCCGUCAAGCGCGCCAAGUUCGGCAAGGUCCAGCGUCUGACACUCUUCUUCCCGGACAACUUUGGCGACGGCGAUGAGGACGUCACGAGGAUCUCGUACCUCGGCUUCAAGGGCGAGUGGAUGCAGCUCGGGCGGGCGCCGGCUAAUAUCAUUUACGAGGCUGCUGCGAACCCAAAUGACCACAAGCUGAAGGGUACGAAUAUCAACCAGAUGGGUAGUGGGAUCGGUGGUCGUGGUCCGGGUCAGUAG